AUGUACACCGACAAAGCUCUGAGAUUCCAGGGGUACAAGUUCAGCGCCACCAUUGGCGAGGGGAGUUACUCUAAAGUGAAGCUCGCCACUUCCGAAAAGCACAACGCUCAAGUGGCGAUAAAAGUCGUUGACCGAAAGAAAGCACCGCACGAGUUCAUCUUCAAGUUUCUGCCAAGGGAACUGAGUCUGAUAAAAUCAAUUAGACACGACCACAUCAUAGGCGUAUACGACAUCAUCGACGGUACUGCCGGACGACUGUACAUAGUCAUGGAAGCCGCGGCAACGGAUCUACUUCAGAGAAUUCAGCAGAACAGACUAAAGACUGCAGAAGCCAAAUCUCUUUUGUCUCAAAUAGUGAGCGCGGUGGACUACCUUCAUCACAACAACAUUGUCCACCGAGACCUGAAAUGUGAAAAUGUUCUGCUAACCGCCGACAACCAGGUGAAAAUUACUGACUUCGGGUUUGGACGUUUCAUUAGCGCUCAUCCCGAGCUGAGCACUACCUUUUGUGGGUCUGCGGCAUACGCCCCACCCGAGGUCCUGCUUGGUGUGCCCUAUGACCCCAAAAAGUAUGACGUGUGGAGCACAGGGGUGAUUCUGUACAUCAUGGCCACUGGUUGUAUGCCCUUCGAUGACACCAACCUGCGCAAACUGCCGAGGAUCCAACGGAAGACUCUGGCGUAUCCCGACGAUAUCGUGGUGGAGGAGUCGUGCAAAGCUCUCAUCUCUUACAUGCUACAGUUCAGUCCCACCGCGCGUCCGUCAAUCAGUCAGGUCUCAGAGCACUCAUGGCUCCGACAGACAGGAGGAGAGGACAUGAAUGUUGAUUAA